CGCAGUCGCCACAAGCGAUCAUUCCCUCUUAAAAUUUCCAUCAGAAAGGCCAGGAGGCCCAGGACCGUCAAAAAGGGUGACUCCCUGCCGACACGGGGAACUCUCUGUGUCCGAGAACACCAGAAAAUACCCCAGCCACCUCCCUCUCUCUUUCUCUCUCCUGCUGUAACUUUCUUGCUCUACAUUUCUUACAAAGGCAGAGGCUUUGUGUAGCUGUCCAAGCCGUCGUUCCGAACUGUAGGAGAUCUGCAAUUCUCUGCGGCGGCGGCACAUCGCAGCGCGUGAUCUCUUUAGAAUCAGCUCAAGCCUGCAGAAGUCGAACAUUGCGAAUUGUGUAAUAUUGAGAUUUCUAAUUGCCGUAGGGAGUGAAAAUGGCGAAUAGAAUGAAGGAAGAUGAAAAAAAUGAGAGAAUUAUUCGGGGUCUUUUGAAACUUCCUGAGAAUCGCAGAUGUAUUAACUGCAACAGUCUGGGACCGCAAUACGUGUGCACAAAUUUCUGGACAUUUGUUUGCACAACUUGUAGUGGGAUACAUCGAGAGUUCACACAUCGAGUGAAGUCAGUAUCAAUGGCAAAAUUUACUUCUCAAGAAGUCAGCUCUCUUCAACGAGGGGGAAAUGAGCGUGUGAAGGAAUUCUAUUUUAAGGAAUGGGAUCCGCAGCGUCAUUCUUUCCCUGAUAGCAGUAAUAUUGAGAGACUUCGGGACUUCAUCAAGCAUGUUUAUGUGGAUAGAAGAUAUAGUGGUGAGAGAAGCUUUGACAAACCACCAAGGGUGAAGAUGGGUGACAAGGAGGAACCUUAUGAAAACAGAAAGAUGGACAACUAUCAGGGUGGAUCACGAAGCCCACCAUAUGAAGAUUCAUAUGAUCGUCGUUACAGUGAUCAGCGUAGUCCUGGUGGAAGAAGUGAUGACAAAAAUUUUAGAUAUGGCUAUGAUGGAAGAAGAAGUCCAGGAAGUGAUUUAGAAAAUAGGCAGCACGGUGAUUAUAGGAGAAGUCCUGUUCGUCCUGAGAUAGUUAAUGAUUGGCGUCGUGAGGAUAGAUUUGGGAAUGGAAGGAAAUCUGAUAGAGAAACUAAUCGGGAAGGCAGGUCACCUGACCAUCAGAAGGAUCUGGAUGCAUCCAGUCCUCCAAUGGUACGCCCUGUUAGAGAGAUUUUAGGGGAUAAUGUAUCACCCUUACGGGUUAUUGAACCUCCAAAGGCCAAUGGUGGCAGGGUCGGUGAUGGUUUUGCACGUACGCAGAGAACCGCUUCAUCCAGUAGCUUGGGAUCCUCUAAUGGAAAUCCAGGGGAACUAAAAAGGGAGAAUUCAGGAAUCUUAAUUGAUUUUGAUGCUGAUCCUGAACCUCCUGUUGCUGCAACAGUGCCACAAACACAACAACCACCAGUUCAAACCAUCGCACAACCGAUAAGUUCAUCCAAUGAUAACUGGGCCUCUUUUGAUUUUGCCACAGAAGCAAAAGUAUCCCAAGCUCCUUCAAAUGUGAAUGCCCUGGAAACAGUACUUUCACAAUUGUCAGUUCCAGCAUCUGUUCCUGGGCACGGAUCAGGAGUACCCAAUAGUGGUGGUGCUCCAACAGCUGUACCAGUGGGCAAUGUGUCAGUGUUGCCAAUGAGUGGUGAUUCCCUAUUUCCACCAGUACGGCCCAUCCCUACGUCACCGUUUCUUGGUGGUGCUCCUGCACCAGUCAAUACUUUUGCUGCAUUUCCUCCAGCUGCUGCCGCUGCAGCUGCUCCUGGAUUGACACCAAUGUUACAUGGGCAUGAUGGUAAUUCCUUUGUCAAAGUUACUGGUGCAGGACAAUGGCCAAGCAUGCAGUAUCAACAACAUUCUUUAUUCCCUGAUACUGGAAGUCAGUCUAUCGCUCAACAAUUUGCUCCAUCAGUUGGUGGAACUUCAACCAAUCAGUGGAAUUCACCACUUUUGCCAAAUACACAAGGGCCUUUUAGUGCUCCUGCAGCACAAGCACCUCAAACUGUCUCAAAACCUCAGGUGGUUGCUUCUAGUCUUUCAUCACCACCUCUCCCUGUGGAAGUAAAACCAGCUGGAAGAAAAGAAUUGCCAUUGGAUCUUUUCGCUGCAACCUAUCAACCCAUCUCUAUGCAAGUUCCAGGUUGGCAAACUGGUCCACCCCAUGGCAUGGGGUUCCACCUGCAAUAUAAUACUGCAGCGCCAUUGCCAUCAACAUUCUCACAUUCAUCAAAAUCAACAAACCCAUUUGAUCUCAACAAUGAACCACCUCCGGCUCAAGCUCCAACAUUUCCUUCCAUGGCGUCCUUGCAAGGGAGUCUACCAAAUAUGCCCCCUUCUAUGGGCUUGCUGCAUUCUUCCAGUGCUGGUACUCAAUCAACAUGGACACCACCCCAGUCAUCAUUAUAUCCAUUGGCAAUGCCUCCACAAGCACCACCUUAUGUGUCGGGAAUGCCUCCACAAGUACCGCCUUAUGCGUCGGGAAUGCCUCCAAGAGCAUACAUGGGGCAACAAGUACCUGGUGCCAUUCCACCUUCCAGUCAUCAAGGAGUGGGAAGCUUUGGCAGUGAGGAUGCUGCUUUUAGCUCUUUGAAUCCAAAUCAUCUAAUUGGUGGAAGAUCCUCUGCACCUGCUGCCUUAGAUAAGCUUUCUUCUGUUGGAGGAAAUCCAUUUGGAUAAAUAUGAAGACCGAAGCCUUUUGGACCCCAUUUUAGGGUGAGCAUCAUCUUGAUGCUCUCUGUUAAGUAAUCUGUUGGAUGGAAAUUUUUGGGUUCAUUGUUCUUGUAGAUUUAGUAAGAUGUUGCAGCCAAAUGAAGUUGUGUGUCCAUACCUGUAACCUGUAAUAGUCAAAUGUCUAUUCUCGUGUAAAACCAGUUUUAUCCUGUAAGAAAGGUAGGCCAAAAUAGAGGGGAUUUGAAAGAGGGAUGGACACCUCUGAGGGAAUCAAGUCUUAUUUAGGCAGCCAUUGUCUUUCAUAGGUUUGGGAAUGGGUAUUCCUAUGUGGUGAUCUGUGCUUUGCCUGCUGCCAUAGGGGGAUGUCUCUCCAUUGUUAUGGCGAGUUCUUGUUUCGAGUCUGCACAAUUAUUUUUUUCUUUUUUAAAAUUUUUUCGAAGCAUACCUUUUGGUAGAGCAUACUUUACAUGCUAUUCAUAUUGAUGUUGAUAUGAUUUUUGUUUUGAAUAAGAUAGUAUUUGGAUUUUAGCCUUUA